CUGCCAAAUUGAAUUGAAUUGAAACUAACCUUACUUGUUCUUGUAUUCCUGUCAGCUGUGGUAAAAUUAUAUAAGUUUAAUCGGAAUAGUCAAUAUUUUGAGAUUUAUAAGUUAGACUUUUAGAAUUGUUUUACUCCGCUACACUGUUACUUAGUUGAUGUAAUUGUAAAUCUGAAAAUUAAAAGAUAGUGAUUUCAUCUAUUCAAUUUCCUUGAAUGAUGGUUAAUCACCACCAGCUUUUUAGUUGAGAAGGAAUAAUAUAAGUUUGUCCUCCUUGAUUGAACUUGAUAAUUAACUUAAUUAAAAUGGCAUCAGGAAAUGAAGAUUCUCGACAUUCUGCGGAGGAGAUGGACAUCAUCAGGCAAAAGCAAGUGGCAUACGAGUAUCUUUGCCAUUUGGAGGAGGCAAGAAAAUGGCUUGAGAGUGUUCUACACGAAGAUCUGCCUCCUUGCACAGAAUUGGAAGAGUAUCUUCGUAACGGAGUGAUUCUGGCCAAGAUAGGGAACGUAGUGGUACCUGAUGUUAUACCCAAGAGUCACAUCUAUGACUUGGACCUUAAACGAUAUCGUGCGGCUGGUCUGCAAUUCCGACACACAGAUAACAUAAAUUUUUGGCUUAAAUCUUUAAAAGCCAUAAAAUUACCCUUGACAUUUCAUCCGGAGACAACUGAUGUCUAUGACAAGAAGAACAUGCCUCGAGUCAUCUACUGCAUCCAUGCUCUCAGCUCACAUCUGUUCAAGUUGGGGAAAACACCACAGAUCCAAGACCUGUAUGGAAAAGUCACUUUUACAGACGAGGAGAUCACAGUUAUGAGUUCUGAGCUGCAGAAGUAUGGUGUACAGUUGCCAGCAUUCCAGAAGAUCGGAGGGUUGCUUGCCACAGAUCUGCCUGGGGACACUGCAGCCCUUCAUGCAGCUGUGAUUGCAGUAAACCAUGCUCUUGAUUCUGAGGAUCAAGAGGCAUUGCUCAAAAGUCUACAGAAUAGAAAUGUCAGACUGAAUUUUGUCCUGGAGGAGUAUCUGGAGUAUUAUGCCAAAACACUGAAAACUGCCAAGGCUGCUAAAGUGGAGGCUGCUAUGAAUCGGUCACUGAACGACAGCUAUGUGGCAGAUGUCUAUGAUGAUCUUCUGACACAGGCUGAGAUACAGGGUCACAUAAAUUCAGUAAAUGUGGGCCAAAAAUGGAAUGAAGUUUUGGAUGUUGCCGCUCAACAUAACUCUGACAAAAUGGCUGCUGUAUUAGCGUCACCAUGCUUACAACUCUCUGAUGUGGAGAGAGACAAUGGGAGCUGGUAUGAGGAGAUGUUACGGAGGCUGGUAGAUAGUGGCAAGUGGAUCGAGUAUGAGGAGAGUUCUGAGUGGCGGAAGGUCAUGCAACACAUUGUCUCUGAAGGGAACACCGGCGCAGAACUGUACCAGAAAAAGUCAUCAGCUGUAAAGAUAGUCAACCAACAGCUGGCCUGCGGAAGUCUGUCGGGUCUGUUAGAAGCCCUACGUAGUCCUUGCUUGGAAAUCGACCCUGAACUGUUGACAACCUUCGCAGCUCCCCUCUACUGGGACGAGAUGGUGGCUGACCGCCUUGACUGUGGCAGAGAUCUCACGCUCACAGACAUCAAAACCAGUGUGGGAGUAUUAUCUCAAAUAGCACGUCUGACCAGUGCCAUAGACUCAGGAAACCAUGAAAAUAUUUGGACUGCUCUUAUGGAACUAUCUGCUUUGCUCAGGUUUGAGGGGCUGGAGCCUGGUCUACAGACACAGUACUGUAGUGGACUGAUGGCCUGUCGUAGCUACAAGCUGCUGGAGGAUGUCGACUGCACCAUUCUCAAUUCAGCAGACAUUCAGGAUUGCAUCAAUCUCGUAAAUGCGAAAUAUGAAGAAAACAAUCGAGUGGUGAACUGCCUGCAGAAACUGAAUACAGCAGUGAGAGAUAGGUCUCAGACAGCCCUGAUGCAAUGCCUGCAAGAUCCAGCCCUACACUUAGUGGACAAUGUAAGCAGCAAUGAUAUGCCGCUUGUACUCAACUUGUUCCAGAACCGACUCCAUGAGCAGGCAGAAGGUGUGGAGCUGUGGCUAGAAGACGUGAAGGCAGUCAUUAGAGAGAGCUUAUCUUUGAUCGAUGAAGCACAAUCAGCUUGCAGGUGGCUCAGUGAAAUCAACAAUGGUCUACAACACAAGAACCGACACAAGGUUGUGGAUGCCCUAUGUAACAUGCCAGGAUACCAGGUCCUGGAGCCAUCCCAGUGCUAUCUACAGUUGCUCUCUCUGAAGGCAAAGAAGACGGUCCAGUCAAAAUGUACCUGGGUAUCUCACACACUGGAAAGUGGGCGCAAUGUUUUCCUGAACCUCAACACUCUUCAGUAUGCUUGGAACCGACCCUAUGGAUACAACAACCAGUCCUGUCAUCUCAACUAUGCAGAAAUUGUGAAUGCUAUAAGCAGCUACGAAGAGUCAGUACUGGAGGCUCAAAGGCUCAGAGCGGUGGAGGGAAGUGUGGUAUCACUGCAGGCUCGGUGCCGUGGUUUCUUGACCCGCAAACAUCUCUCUGAUAGAAUUCAAUACUUCAGAGAUCAUGAGCAUCAAGUUCGCUUGAUUCAGAGAUGGUGGAGAGCACAAAGAGAGUUGAAGCGGAAGAAGGCUGAGAAGAUAGACAGAGGUCCGCAAACGCCAAGGCAGAGGUGGACAGAUGUGCUGGCCCACUACUACAAGGCCCAUGAAGACAAAAUCGUCAAAAUCCAAGCCUUGUGGCGGGGGCGACAGUCUCGCAAGGCAUUUGUUCAGCUAUUCAGAACCAUGACUCCAUCUUUCAAGGUUGUGCGACUCUUCCUCCACCUGCUAGACUUCAGCAUCGAGGACUAUCACAGGGAACUGCAACUUCAGACACUGAAGGAGCAGGUGGUGCAAGCGAUACGUCACAACAAACAGUUGUCUCAGCAGAUUGACAAGAUGGAUGUUACCAUAGGUCUCCUGGUCCAGAACCGGAUUUCCAUUCAGGAUGCUGUGAAACAAGGCAAGUCUAUGAAUGCAGCCACGCUCAGUCAAGGUACAGGCUUGAAGGCUCUCUCUGCAACGUCCCACCACAGAUUGGAGGCCUACCAGCAUCUCUUCUACUUUCUGCAGACACGACCGAGAUACCUGGCCAAGCUGAUUUUCUGCCUGCCAGAGAGAUGGACUCACCGGUUCCUCAGCAACGUUAUUCUUACUCUGUUCAACUUUGGGUCUCACCCCAGGGAGGAAUAUCUGAUGCUAAGGCUCUUCCAGUUCGCUCUUCAGGAGGAGAUCAGGUGUAAAUUCAGCCAGCUAAGUGACGUGAAGACCCUAGACUCGAUGGUGUUGAAGAUGGUUGUGAAUUAUGCCCGUGAACGUUCUGGUCAGAACGCACUUCAGUUUAUUUUGGGUCCACUCAUUGAAAAGAUUCUGGCUGACAAACAUAUUACGAUUGAUACAAAUCCAGUGUCAAUAUACAACCAGUGGAGAAAUCAUCAGGAGACUACUACAGGAAAAGUUUCAGAAUUGCCACCAUGUGUGACCCAGGAGCAGGCUCUUGGCUACCAGGAGGUCCAGGACAGACUGGCCACUGCCAUAAAGACCUUGGAGACAACAACACUCCAAUUCCUACAGAAGAUCACUGAGUCCAAACAGCUGUUUCCGUAUGGUCUUCUCUUCAUGGCGAAGGAACUCAGAGCUGCACUGCUCCAGAAGUUUCCUGAUGCACAUGAAAAGGAGAUAUUGAAGGUGGUUGGAAACUUCCUCUACUAUAAGUUCAUCAAUCCAUCUAUUAUUGCUCCGGAAACAUAUGAUAUAAUCUCACUUCCGGUUGGUAAAACCCUCACCACGGAGCAGCGUCACACUUUGGCCAGCAUUGCCAAAAUAUUGCAGUUUGCUGCUGCCAAAAAAGGGUUUGGGGAAGAAUCAAAACACCUGAUGGUUCUCAAUCCUUUCCUAAUCAAUUGUCAUGAGAGACUCAAGGCGUUCUUCAGAAGCUGUUGUGAGGUUGAGGACCUGGAGACGUACUUCAAUGUCUCAGAGUUCACGGAAGCUUCACUCAUCUCCAGACCGAGUAUCAUCAUAACCGCUGAGGAAGUGUGCAACAUGCAUAGGUUUGUGCAUGAUUAUGCAUCUGAGAUUGCGCCUGAUCCAAUGGACCCUCUACAUGAACUUUUGGAAGACUGUAAGGAUGUUCCAACUGUUCCUCAACUCAUGGGGCGUGAUGGGGAAGAUUUGACUGUGGUAGCAAUCAAGAAUAUGGGCAUGGCGGAACUUUGUCUAAGUCUCAAAGACAAGUUUGAAGUGCCCACAGACAAUACUGACCUCACCAAGCUCUUUAUUAAGACCAAGGAACUGACGGUGAGCGUGAUGCCGUACCUGAGUGGACACAACCUGCCUGGUGCACUCAGGGUAGAAGCCACCGCUGCUCAGGAGGAAGCAUUUUCCCAGAGACAGGCUGACAAUGUUGCAGACGCAGCCAACUGUUCCUUGCACGACAUCCUGGACACCAAAACUUGUACACUGAAGGAUUGUAAAGCAAGGUUACGAAAAUACCUGGCCAAAUUGGAGGAGGCUGGUUUGGUUAACAGAGAAGAUGGAUACCAAACCAUCCUGUCGGCUAUAGCUGAGGACAUUUCAAACAAAGGCAAAUACAGACAGAUACAGAAAGAGGAGCUACACAAAGUGAAAGUUACCAAACAGAGGUUAGAAGAGAAAACAAAAUUUUACGAAGAGCAAGUUGAAUAUUACAAUACCUACAUUAAAACUUGUCUUGAAAGUUUAAAUGCCGGAAAGAGAAGUAUCCACAAGAAGACAGAGGAUGGACGUAAGGUGAAGACGCAGUGUGUCAAGUACAGUGGAGCCAAACUGCACGACAAAGGUGUGCUAGUGUCCAUCGAGGGCCUCUCACAGCAGCAGUACAAGAACGUCAUGUUCGAGAUACGGCCGACUGAGAACAUUGGCAUCUUCUCAGUGUGCGGUAAAUUCAUGGGAGUUGAAAUGGAGACGAUUGAAAUAAAUAUUCAGAAUCUUCUGCAACUCCAGUUUGAAGGAGUAUCUGUCAUGGAUAUUUUUAAUAAAGCCAAAGUCAAUGUUAAUCUUCUUCUGUACCUGUUAAACACAAAGUUUUAUAAACACCAUUAGUUGUAGUAUUGUUAUUAUUCAAAAUAUCAUUGCAUGAUUAUUGUUUAAGCACCAUUGUUAAUGUCUAAUAGACUAAUAAGGAAAAGUAUAUUUAUGUAAAUUUGUAGCUAUCAUCAAGGAAGAGUUGUGAUGUUUUUCAUAUCUUAAGCACGUGUGUAUAGAUCAUUUAACAAUUUGUAUUUAUAUAUUAAUUUAAAAUAAUUAUUUACUGUAUCCUUUUUACCUACUAAUAAUAGUUAAGUUACUAAUUAUAACACCAUUUAAUUGUUCUGUACUAUAAAUUUUAUAUUUUAAGACCCAAUUAUACAAAAAUAUUGUAAUGUUGUUGUAUUUUAUACUAAAUAAAAAAAUAAACUGUAUAAAUUCAAA